AUGCCUUUGGACACAUAUGCACAUUUGAACGGCCGCCCGAACGGCGCUUCGGGACUUCCAGACACCAUGGCCGACCUUAGACUUCAGCUAAUUGGAAAUCGAGAUCUUAAGAUCAAGGUUCUUCAAGAACCACACUUUGUCGCUUGGCUUCUCCAGGAGUUGUACAAGGACUUGGAGGCCGUGAAGAGGGAACAACUGCUUCCCGACGUGUCCAAAACACGCCAUCUUCACGACAAAGUCGUCAUUUUGCGUAUUCUAGCGUGUUUCGUCGCUGACCUCCAGAACCUGGACGAAAAGGUCUCUGUGGAUGCGCUGUGCUUGGCUGAAUCGGUGCCCUUGAUCACGGAAUUCUUUGAAUGGGUCAUCCAGACGUUUCUCCCGGCUUUGGGCGACACCCUGACCCCAAUCGGCCCAGAAACGGCCGAUGCCAGAAUCGACCUCCAGAAAGUGCUCUGUGACAGUCUCUGGAUCAUGCUUGUUUUUGCCAGCUCAGGCAGCGUGGCACUCACGGAAUCUAGCUACGAAAGCUUGUACAAAUUGACCACGGCAUUGCUUAUAUGUGACGACACCAAAUCGCCCAAUUCUGCUCUGACCCUCCAACGAGCCGUGAUUUCGAGCUUGAACCUGCUCCCGUUUUUGCUUAAAGGAGCGUCUAAGCGUCUUUCGGAGACUUACGGAGGCCCCUUGCUUAGACUCUGUUUGCUCAGGCUCCAUCGAGAAUUUGCUCAGUUGCAUAAUCACUACGUGGAUGGUUUGCCCAGUCAGGGACACUUUCUAGAGAAGGUGUCGCCCAACAUCAUAGGCGACAAGAGGCUUCUACGGGACAUUUUCGAGGUGGACUUCAUCACGUCGUUGGUUGUUGCAGCCGCUCAAUUGCUCAACCACACAAAGGAGAGAAAUAGAGCGCUUCCGCUUGACCUGGCCUUCUUCACAUCCAAGGAGGUGUUUUUGUGCAUGGUCCUUUUGCUUAAAUGCGACGGUUGCCACUUGCUCAACGUUGCAACACUCAAUUUGAUCCAUUUCUAUCUUUCAGCGCUUGAGGAUCUGGGCUCGGCUUCUGAAGAAAUCAUCUUCAAGACCUACGAGAAGCUAUUUCCCCGCAUCAUUGAGCUUUUGGAUGCCGAUCUCUCCCAGAAGGACUCUGUUCCGCCAUUCCUUAGUCUUCCGGUUUCCGUGCUUUCUGGUUUAUGUCUCAAGUACCCCCGUAUGUCGUUGCACUUGCACAACACCAAUGUCGACAUAAAGAUCAUGAAAGACCUCCAGUCUCUCAUAAGACGCACGCCGAUUUUUGCAACGCUUUUCAAGCUUAAAGUGGCUGCCAAGGAAGGCAAGAAACUUACGGAUUUCACAACCCUCGCCAAACACCGUUUGGGCUCUGACAACCGUGGUGAGACCGCUCUUCAUCUGACCAACUUGGAGCAGAUUUCAGAUUAUCUCCAGCUUUUGAGCGUCUACACGAGCUCCAACGAUGACUACCGUCGUAGAGUUACGAAAUUCCUGGAACUGAAGGCCACCAAGGCCCUGUCGCCAAACUUCUUGUGUCUCACGAUUUUUGAGCUCAUAGACGAUUACCGGUUUUUAAUGCUGCAAAUGCUCUUGGGUUACGAUGUCUUGGGCAAGAUUCUUCAAGACUCUUCCAAGUUGGACCAAACGAAGGUGCUCACUUGGUUUGGUAAGAACCUCGGAAUAAUCUACACGUUGAUUGAGCACCCUAUCUUCACCCAAACGAUCUACUUGGUGAGAUCUCUUUCAAGAUCGAUCCCCACCUUGCGGACAUUUUUUGUGGACUGCAAUUCUAUCAAGAGUGUCUUUGAUGUUGACGAUGAUACCGUGUUGAACCCUAAUGACGCCAGCUCUCACGAGGAUAUAAUCGACAUUGUUAAGGUUAGGUACAACAAGGAAGCUUCGUUCAAGAGACGCGGCAGCUUUGUUUCGAGUCUUCUAGAGAUACUCGGCCUGCUUGACCACGUAAAGUAUGCAAUGCAAUACUUCGUCAAGGCCAAGCCAGACUUGACGCUUCAAUACGCUCCACCAAGGAAGACACUCUGUGUGAAGAGGGUUAUUCUUCUUGCGUCAAUUGCAAACUUCAUUCUCGACUUCAGCUCCUUCCGGUACGAGAUUGUCAACCACGACUCAUUCUUGCUGGAUUUGUCCAAGGUCUUCCAGAAUGUGUCUCUCAGCGAUGAUGAUAUCAAGUACACUGAAGAAGAGGAGAAGGAGAUCACCUACGAGAAUCUUCGCGAGCAGCUCACUGUCUUACAGGUGGUGAAGAGUUACUUGUACAAUGAGAAUGAAGAAAACAGCAAGAUUUUGUGGGACUUUAUCCUGUUGACGUUGAUGUUCGAGAAGUCGCUCUACGGUCUCUCUGACAAUGUGGAGCAGGAUGCUGAGCUUCAUGGAUUGCUCGUUCAGCACAAGAUCCUCGCAUUUGAGAUCAUGAGAAACCUCACGGCUGCAUCGUCGUUCUUCAGUGAAGCCAUUAGUGACUCAUACCUUCAAUACGUUACGGAAGAGAGCGAGGAUGGAAAUCAUUCUUCGCCCUCUACAUGGCACGAUUACCUUUUGAAGAACCUCCUUAGCUUCAACUUGUUCGUCAAUGAUGGAAAGGUUCAUGAUGAAGAGGAGUUUUUCAAAUCCGACGAGUUCUUUUUCGGAUUGAUAAAGAAUCCAGAGUUUGUGAGGCUUCUAGUGGGUGUCAACUUUGUGGAGGACCAUCGGUACACGAACAUGAGAGUCUUCAAGAAGCUGGAUUUCCCACUGAAGUCCAUUCUCGAGAUUUGGAAACGGAUCUUGAAAGCUAAACUCACCGACAAGCUAGAGCUCAAGCUUUGCGGACACAAUCUCAAUGAGAGAGUAAAGUUGGCCAAUCAGCUUAUUGAGGUGAAGCUCUCCAUCACAUGGAUUCUCAUCAACUUGACAUGGAAGGACGAUGCUUUCGGCUACCAAGUUCCUGACAAGGUGAGUUUCUCUCUUAUGGAUACCGUUGGCCACAGAACGCAUAGCGAUCCCCAUAGUGAAGAGAGGCAAUUGUUCAGCUCUUCCAAUAUCGUGAUUGAGGAAAGCGAAGACGACGAGGAAGACGAUCAUGAGGCGACGCAGCCUGAAGAAGACGACACAGAGAUGAGUGCAGAGGAUAAAGCCAAGUUGUUACAUCGCUACGGAUUCAGCCAUAUUUUGCAGCAGAUCAUCUUAGACAUGUCGAAGCCCAAGUUCAAAGGUCGUGGUGGCUCACGCAUUGAACGGUUUGACCUCUUGAACGCCAACAACUUGUAUGAGAAGGCCAAGACAGCGCUUUCCCAAAUUACUGGAUUGGUUUCCGGCCAUGCAUCAGGCAAUGAACCUCAAGCAGGCGGACCGGCCGUCAGUGAAGAGCGCCAUCCCCUCAGGCGAAUGAGCAACAUCAUCAGCAGCAGAGAUGGGACGAGAAUCCGUAGAGACGUCAACCGAGGCGGGGAAGGAUUCGGUUACGAUUCCGCCGAUGAAGUUGCAGAGAGUUCUGGAGAAAAUAAUCAAGACGAAGAGGAAGAUGCGUCAGAUACGAACCCGGAGCAGUCUGACAUGGACGAUGUGGUGGAUAUAGACGAGUACUGGGUGAGGUGA